GACCAUAGGGCGAGCCGAUUUUAACGCUUGUCUUGUACUCCACAUGUUGUGACUACCUGAAACUUAUCUAAGAAAUAAGCAUUAUAUUUUUAGGAAAUAAAUUUGUUAGUUCCCACACUGGGAGUUGGGUCAUUGUUUAAUAUUUUGAUGAAAAAGGGUUAAUAUUAUUGCAAUAAAAUCGUCCAAUUAAAUCGCGUAAUUAAUCCACUUACGUUGUUUAGACUAUAAACUCAUCUGAUUGGCCCAUCAGAUUGACAAAAUGACAGAUUAUCGCUAGUCCGCCAAUCAGAAAAGUUGUAUUAACCGGCUUUGGUACUGCGUUUUUGCGAGUCACGUGUACAUACAGGCGCUUUGUUUGCCGUAAUCAUGUCUGUCGGUGCAAAAUCUUAUCGAAAUUCGUCAAAAAAUAGAUGUUUUGCUCAUUGCUCUAGUGUUUCCGAAGAUCUCAAACCUUUUACGACCACACGGUGGAACACAUUUGUAAGCAGUGUGAAUAUUUGGAAAGAUUUAGUGGGGUAUCAGGCUGAUAUAGCGAGAGCCUUUUUACGCGAAGUUGGACCUGAUGCACUGGUCGAUACUGCUGUAGGCUUAAUACCAAUACCAGUACCAGAAAGUGGUGGAUAUCACCCGACGUGCUAUCGCUAUUUCACAGAUUCAUCCAAGCAAGAGAGAGGGAAACUCAACAAAGACAAACAAAAAACAGACGCUGCAUCAUGUCAAACUUUAGAAUUGGAGCCUUCUACGUCAAGUGCAGGCGGUCAAGCUCCAGGUCCGUCCUCAGCCUCAGCAAUAAGACACUUACGGUCAAACUCCAGUGUUGCUGGUGCUUCAAAGCAGCCCUCUUAUUCUGCCCACAUUCUACCAAAGAUUUGCAUCAUCUGUCGACAAAAUAAAACUCAUAAGGACUCUGAGGGGAAGAAAAAGAAGGAACCAUUAAUGCUGUGUCAACAGCCAGAUGGUGGAAAAGUAGCAACAGCUGCUAAAGACAAGAAGGACGACCACAUUCUUCUUCAGAUCCAGGACAGAGACUGUGUAGCAAUAGAGGUCAGGUAUCAUCGCAGUUGUUUCAGGAGCUAUACUGUCUACCAAUCAAGGAAAAGUGUUGAGCCCAUCAAGGAGCAGAAGUAUGGAAAGGCAUUCCUUACAUUUUGCAGUUAUGUUGUAGACAAGAAGAUCAUACAAGAGAAGCAAAUAUAAAGAAUGACAGCACUGAGAAGAUUGUUUUUAAAAGCUGUUAAAGAUGUUGAGUCUAAAGAUGCAUCAAAUUACAAGACCUACAGCCUAAAACAACGCCUGAAACGAAAGUAUCCACAACUCUGCUUUCUUCAGCCUAAGAAGAGGUAUGCAAGUGAAAUGGUGUAUGUCGAGACGCUAUCAACUGAAGACCUUGUGCCAGGAGCAGUUGGUUCUGAAGGAGAAGAAACAGACACCACCACUGAUACAGACGCCCUAUCUGAUACUGACACAGACAUCACAGAUGUUGAUGAAAGCAUAGAACCUCCAACGAAGCGACAAAAGGGCGGGAAUGGUAGACGAUCCAAACCUCCAAUGGCCUCACUUCGAGAUCGCUACACCUCUGCACUGGACCUAAAGGACGAUGUCAUGCAGACCAGGACCAGUCUACCAUGGCCUCCAACAUCAUCUGAUUUAACAUUGGAUUCUGCACGCACAAUAGUAUCCAAGCUGUACAAUUUUCUAGCAUGGGUUAAACAUGGUCUAACAUUGCUAAAUGUAAUGCUUUGUUAUUUGCAUGAAGAAACAAAGAUAUCAUGCUUGAACCAAAACACAAUCAAUGUACUCAACAUAUGAGAACAUAGCUCAGGAUAUGGGUUCUCAGUAUUAAACUAUAUAUUUCAUUGUAACAGAAAACAAGUAUUGAAACAGAUUGGUUUAAACUAUAUAUUGUAUUCGAACAUAUAUGGAAGAAUAUCAAAAAAGUGAAUAUUUAGGUUUUUGGAAACAUAUCUCACAAAGUUAGGAAUAGAAAUACAACAGGAUUGAUAAUAUUACAUAUUACAUUACAAGUGGAGUUUAACUUGAUACAUGUGAAUUAUAAAAACUUUGGAUAUUAUAAGAAGUAAUUGUUUAUCACAAAGGUUGGUGUGCUGGUAACAUAGUUGUCAGUAUAUGCAGUUUAAAAUGAAGGCUGAUUCCGUUUGCCAAAUUUAGGUUAAAGGUACUUAAGAUUUGGUGGGGGAGAGUUGUUGUGUAUUGACAAAUGGCGUUUCAUAGUUUGCCGCUAUUGCUGCUACUUUGUGCUAGCUGCGUGUUACACGUGUAUAACGUGCUCUGCAUUAAAACAAUGAAGAUACCACCACAAA